UCGCGUUGACUGACAGACGGCUCGCAAAUUUCUGAUGCGCGGUUCAGGCAAAAGAAACCUCGAUCCGCUGCUGACGUCGUUUGAAGUAGUAGAAGAAAAAUUGCUUCCGAAAGUUGAUUCUGCCUCCACAUAAUUGCUCAGUUUUUAUUGAUACAAACCAGGUUUUUAAUCUAACGUUUAAAGGAUGUCGAAAAUUUACAAUGGCCUAGUGAAUACUGCUGAUCGUUUUGUGCCUAAUUCUAUGAGACCGCUUUGGAAUCAUGCAGCAGGUCCAAAAACGGUUUUCUUUUGGGCUCCAGUAUUCAAAUGGGGUCUGGUAAUCGCUGGCUUGAGUGAUCUUCGUCGUCCGGCCGAUCAACUUUCUGUAUCGCAAUCUGCUUCGCUAGCAGCCACUGGUUUAAUUUGGUCGAGGUAUUCGCUAGUAAUUAUUCCUAAAAAUUACGGGCUGUUCUCCGUUAACGUGUUCGUUGCUUUGACCCAACUGGCGCAACUAUACCGUGCAUGGGACCACUCUAAGAAAAACCCGUCUCCAUCUGAAAAAUAACGACUUGCCGAAAUAUGUUCCUUCUAUUUUUCGUUAGACAAUUAGAUAUUUCUUUGUUGAGGCAAGAUGAUUUUAACAAAAUAUUGUAGCUUUCACAAACAAUCGCUUAAAAUGACACAUUGUGUCCAUAAAUAUGUAUUUCUUCCAAAGAAAUUUAUAAAAGGUGCAUAUGAAAACGGAGUCAAGGUUUAAAUUUAUAGAUAACAGACAACCUAAGCUGACAAAGUUACUUGUUAUCAAAUGAGAUUCACGAUAGAUUAUUUAGAAACUAUAAAUUCACGACGCAGCUGUGAAAUAUUUUCAGUUUUGUUCUAGUUUAUUUUUAAGCAGGAAACUUAAAAAGCUAUACUUUGAAUGUCUGUUAUCUAUAUCAAAAAAUCAAAAAGCUAGGAAACGGGUUUCAUUAGUGCGGUUCAUAGUGUUUAAACUGCAGAGGAUUAUUAUUUUGUGUUCUUAACUUGGUGACAUUGUGCAAAUAUACAUUCAAAAAAGUGUU